AUGUCAAUCGAAGUCGACUGGGCAGCCGCAACCUCCGGCCCGGACGGAGAGGCCCUGGCCGAGCGAAUCCGGUCCUUUGUCCACGACAAGUUCCAGGAGAUCACCCUACCACGAUUCAUCCGCUCAGUUCAGGUCCACUCCUUCGAUUUCGGAACCAUAGCUCCAGACCUCGAGAUCAAAGACCUCUGCGAGCCUUUCGCCGACUUCUACGAGGAAGAUGAAGAUGAUUCAGGGACAUCAGUCACCUCGUCCGAACUCAUGUCCGAUCUUCAAGAGUCUCCAUACGAAGACGACAUGGCCUUCAAUCCAACCGCCCACAGUCCCCGCAACUUCAGCCACCAUCCAUACCCUGGUGAAGGGUUUCAACCUUCCGCGCUUAGAUCACCGCUAGGCGAUCAUCUCAAUCCGCAUUUCUUGCCCCGCGCUGGCACGCCUGGAAUCCCCGGUGGAACUUCGACUCUCGGAUACCAUAUGAGAUCUUUGGGGGGUCUAUCAGGUACUCAAACUCCUCUUGCUGCUGUCGCUGGGGGCACGCCAUUUGCAAGUGGAUGGUCGGAUUCUGGGAUGGGCGGUUCAAGGUCCCAUGUAGCCCACUCAACAGGGCAGCACUUCGCAGAACCAGACCUGGAUGGUAAUAACUCCACCUCGAGACCAUCAACCGCCAACACCCUUCCUUCACAUCCUUCCCUAGCCCAUGCUGGCAGUGGCGGGUCGAACAACAACAACGACCCUGCCGAUGCGGUGCAGCCCUCUAUCGAAUCCCCUGGUCCCGGGGACGCAGAUCAGUCAUUUCCCACUCCGCCACGAAUGCGCGAGCGACGUCCAGAAGAUUUCCAAAUUCUUUGUCAUGCCAAGUAUGCCGGAGACGUGCGAAUGUCUCUGACAGCGGAGAUUCUACUGGACUACCCCAUGCCAAGCUUCGUGGGCUUGCCGUUGAAGCUCAACGUCACGGGAAUCACCUUUGACGGAGUUGCUGUCGUGGCGCAUAUUCGGAAGCGCGUGCAUUUCUGCUUCUUGUCUGCUGAAGAUGCAGAUGCAUUGCUUGGCUCGGAGCAGUCGCAGGGCAGUCAGAAUCCUAGUGAGGAUGGCAGGCCGAAGUCUGGAGGUGACCACAAGGAGAAAGAUCCAAAGCGACAAGGUGGUUUGUUACAGGAGAUCCGAGUUGAUAGCGAGAUCGGUCGCAAGGAGGACGGCAAACAGGUCCUGAAAAAUGUUGGAAAAGUGGAGCGUUUUGUGCUCGCCCAAGUUCGCCGCAUCUUCGAGGAGGAGCUGGUUUAUCCUAGUUUCUGGACUUUCCUUGUCUGA